GGGUAGCGCUAGUCGUAGAUUGAUAUGUGGAACCGUGUGAGUGGCGCAGUUAGUUGGGCAAGAGAUGAGUUCAGUGGGGAAGUUACAACAUCGAGCUCAAGAAUGGCUUAUCACACUAGACAAGGGAUGCAAGCAGCUGCGGGCGAUAGUGAGGAUGAUCAUGUUGUGGCAAGAGGAGGCGAAGAUCGAUGGGGGGGGGAUCUCUAUGGAGCAGUGGCUAGCAGACGUCAUGUGGGAGCUGGAGGAGGGGUUAGAUCCCUGACUUGAGGCCUACAGCGACUGGAGAAGGGUGAAUGAUAAGAUUGGUGUUUGUAAUGCCCUCUUUAUAAUGACCGGCAACCUUCGCAACCAACUAGAGGCUCGGCAGGGUACGAGAAGGAUGGGUGACAAGGGCGACAUGGAUGACUGGGUGGAGGGCAGAUUGGAUGAAGGCAAAGAUAAUCGCGACGACAACACCGACAACACCGACAACACCAAGGACAACAACAACAACAACAAUAUCAAUUAUAUCGGCAUCAACGGCAUCAACGACACCAACAACAGCAACAACAACAACAACAGCAACAACAACAACAACAACAACAACAACAACAACGACGACGACGACGACAACAGUGAUGACCACGACAACAACGGGGCAAACAACAACAACAACAAGAAUGACUGCGACGGCCACGACAACGGCGAGAUGGAGAGCGACAUAGAUGACUGGGUGGAGGGCGGAUUGGAUGAAGGCGAAGAUAAUCGCGGUGAUGACAAUUGCGGUGACAAUACCGACAACACUAAGGACAACAACAAUAACAACAAUAUUAAUAAUAUCAGCAUCAACGACAUCAACAACGACAACAAUAACAACGACAACAACGGCGACGGCAACAGUGAUGACAACGCCAACAACGGGGCAAACAACAACAACAACGACUGUGACGACCACGACAACGGCGGGGUGGAGAGCGAUGUCCGCGCAUCUGAGUUUAUCAUCCGCAGGAUGGGUGAGAUGUCGCGAGUGGACGUGGAGGGGACUGAGGUUGUCCUCGGUAGGAGCAGGGUUGAGUGCGACGCAUCUCAGAUCAUCAUCAGCAUGAUGGGAAAGAUGCCGCAAGCGGGCGUGUGGGCAUUGGGGAUGACAACAACAACGAUGAGGGCAACCGCAACGAUGACGGCGGCAACGAUUACCAUGGCAACAGCGGGGCAGUGAGCAUCAGCCGAAAGGGAGAGAGGGUGCAUGCUGACGUGGUGGGGAUCGGGGUUGACACGGAUAAGAAGCUUACCGUU